AUGACUUCUUCAGCCUUGGGUUCUGAAACUGAGGGGCUUCAACUACAUCAUCUCCUUGAUAUUAAAGAUUUGGAGAAUGUUUUAAACCUGUUAAAGAGGUCUCCCUUUUCCUUUCGCAAAUGGAAAGACUUUGGAUCAGCUUUAGGACUUGGUUAUGUGACUUUGACUGACAUUCAGUUUCGGUUUAGGAAUAACUCAAGGGAUGACUGUAUGAGAGAAUGUUUGUCAAAAUGGCUUAAGAAAGUAGACAAUGUUAAGCGUAAAGGAGUACCUACUCUAGGGAGAUUGUCAGAUGCUUUAGAAGAGAUUGGUGAGAGAUCAGCUGCUGAAUACAUCAGAAGAAAUGGGAGGUCAGAUGUUGAUGAUUUGUUUGGUGAAAGUUUUGGUCAGAGAAGACCUCCAUUGUACGAGAUAAUUAGAAAUAUCCUUCGAGAGUACCCGAGUGGACAAAUAUUCAAAGAAAUCAUUCAAAAUGCUGAUGAUGCUAGAGCCAAAGAGGUCAAGUUCUUUUUGGAUUGUCGUGUUUUACAAACCCUCCCACCUUCACUUAUAUCAGCUGCCAGUGGUAGUGAAUAUUCUAAGGAGCUUUUGCAACAGUUUACAGGACCAGCUCUCUUGUCCUAUAAUGAUGCUCCUUUCAGGCAAGAAGACUGGGAGAGCAUACAGAGUCUUCAGCAUAGCGGUAAAGCCAAGAAUCCACACAAAGUUGGAAAGUUUGGAAUUGGAUUUAAUUCUGUGUAUCACAUCACAGACUUACCAGUUAUUCUCAGUCAGAAUUAUUGUGGAUUCCUGGAGCCACAGGAAAGGGUAUGGAAAGGAGAAUCAGGUAAAGGCUUCUCCCUAAGAAACCUAAAAAGUAGUUGUCAAGAAGCACUGAAACCCUUUCAUGGCAUUUGCGGAUUUUCAAAGGCUAAUCCAAGCUACCAGGAUAAGACCUUGUUUAGGUUUCCAUUGCGCAACAGAGAAUCAAAUCUUUCCAGUGACGUGUACACAAUUGAUAAGCUUCAUAGCCUGCUUCACACAUUACAGGAAGAAGCCCAGUAUUUAUUAGUUUUUCUUAGAUCAGUUUGCUCAAUUGAAAUAUGUAAAAUCACAGAGAGAAAUGAUACAGUAUCAUUGUUUAAAGUUAGCGUGAGUCAAAAAGAUUUUCAGUCACGAUUAUCUCAACAGCGGAAAUUAUUGAGUGAUGUUGAAUCAACAUUUAUUGAUGAUUCAAAGUAUAGCAUACGUGACAUUAUUAUUGAUGCAUCACAUUUUAGUAUUGAGACAGUUGAUGCUGGCGUUGUGAGCAAUUACGACUGGCUAGUUAUUAAUCAAAUUGGUAGUGAUGAUAAUGAUGUAAUGCAAUUAGCAGAGAAGCAGCAUAUCCUUCCAUGGGUUGGCGCAGCUAUCAAUUUAGAUGAUACAAUUUCAAACGGUCGUAUUUUUUGUGUUUUGCCUCUGCCUGUGGAAGAUCAGGCACCCUUUAAUGUUCAUGUAAAUGGAACAUUUGCUAUUAGUAGUAACCGUCGCUCUCUGAAAUGGGAAGCACAAGAAAGGAAAGGAGAUGAAGAGGGAACUUGGAACAAGUUAUUAGUGGAGAAAUGUCUUCCUUCAUGUUACUUCAAGUUGGUUUCUGAGCUAAUGGAGUUUCUAAUUGAUCCUAGCACAGUAUACAGUUGUUGGCCUGAUGUAAAGAGAGUUGCCAAUACUCCUUGGCAAGGCCUAUUGGAUCCUUUUUACCAGUUGCUAGUAAGCAGUAGUAAGGCUGUGCAUACUUUUGGAGAGAGAUGGGUUAGUACUAGUGAUGCAGUUUAUAUAAUUGAUGAACUGCCAACAUCAGUCAAAGAUGCUGUAGUUAGUUGCAAUGAAAAUUUAGUUGAUAUUGACAGUAGCAAUUAUGAAGCAUUGGAGCAGUAUUGCAUUAGUCUCGAAACACUGCAACCGGCUGUGGUUAGGUCAUACUUAAGGAGUAAUGUAAGCUCUUACUGCAAUACAUCUAGAAAUGAAAAAAUAGAAAUUUUAAAAUAUAUUUUAAAAGAUGAUGCUUUUCAUGACAUAAUUGGUCUUCAGUUGCUUCCAUUAGCUGAUGACUCUUUUGAGAUGUUUCAGAGCAAAUCGUAUUUUGUUGAGGAUAUUUUUGUCAGUAGCUCUUCUCAUCCUAUCAGCCUAUUGCCUGGUUUAGAGAACCAGUUAGUGAGUGUGUACAAUGAAGACAGUACAUUACAUUCACUACUGUGUUCAGUUGUAGGAAGUGGUUGUACACAGCUUGUUUUGCUAGAUACUGAACAAGUUGCAAAUUUAGUAUCAAAAUGCAACACAAGCUGUUGGUCACGUGAUCAAAUGUCACAUUUUUGGCAAUGGCUUAACAGCCAGGAAUUGUCAUAUUUUCAAUCAAAGCCUAUAGUGCCAGUUAAAACUCAUACUGGUAGUACUAGUGUCACUGCACUAGCUAAACAAGAUAGAGUUGUGUACAUAUCUCCAUAUAAUCAUGUAGCGUCAGCAGCACUUUUAUCAGGCUUAGAAAAAUGUGGUAUCAGGUUUGCUGAUGUGCGCGAAUUUUCAUAUUUGAAACAUAAACAACUCUUUCAGUACUUGUAUCAGUUUAAGAAUGAUCAAGUACUUGAUGCUAUGCUUUCUUUAUCCUUUAAAGGUGUCAGGCUUUCUAGCUCUGAAGCUGUAGCGAUGCAGCAUUUUUUUUCAAACUUUGAGGGUGAACGCUACAGAAUAAUCAUCCUUUGUGGAAUCCCUUUUUUAAAAGUUCUACAGCAUAAUCAAUCCUCUCGAGUUUCUGUUAAUGCUAUCAGGGCAUCAUGUUGUGAUAAUAGAGCUAUAGCAAUGAGUGGUACUUACAGUUUCAGAACAGAUUUACUAACGAACACUCCCCUAAUCAUUGAUGUCACUGGAAAUGUUUCAAAUCUUAUAAGAAAUUUGUCUAAUCACAUUUACCUUAUGAAGGAAACUGAGUACCUCCAGAAGAUAGCAUUUCAACAAAUUCGUAACAGGCAGUUUAGCAACAGCAGUAUAGUUCCUUUUAUGAUAAGUGUUCUUGACAAUUUCUAUACUCCUCAGUAUAGACAAAUAGCUCAGCAACUUACCUCUGCCAUGAGUAGCUUACCUUUUGUUGAAGUCUCAAACUCAUCAAUACUUGACGCUCCUCAAAAUUUAUUUGAUCCAGAAAGUGAAAUUUUAUGUCAACUCUACAAUGGUGAGAGUAAGUUUCCUGCUUCUAAUUUUUAUCCUUAUCUUUCCAUAUUGAGAAAGUGUGAUUUGAAGACAUCUGUCAAUGCUAAUGAAAUUUUUCAAAUUUUAUUAUCUCUUCGAUCAAGUGCACGUUUUUCAAAUAGCUAUAAUGUUGGUCAAAUUAAGUACUCAAGAGUUGUUUCUGUUUUGAAAUACUUAUCAGAUAAUCCUGUCCUUUUGUACACGAGUGUAAAUUAUCAUAAUAAUUUGAUUGAUGUUUUACAUAGUCAAGCUAGCCAAUAUUGCUGGCUACCAGUAGCAAGUAAUCCUCCAAGCAAUUAUCCUUCAAAUCUAAUGUGGAAGGGAUCUCAAUACAGCACAAGCUUAGUCUCAAGUGAUUUUAAUCCUUUAGUGGUUCAAACACAAGAGCUUGCUUCCUCAGACCUACCACUUAUAGUUGGCUCACAAGCUCUAUUCGUUGAAAAUGUUCCCAGUCAACUUGUACAAGGUCUUGGUAGUCAACCCAGUGAUCUAGUACCUGCUGUCAUAAAUCACUUUCAUGAAAUAAUAUCACUUGAAGAUGAAAUACCAACAGACAUGCUGCAAUCAAUUGCACUUCAAACAUAUUCAUACUUGAUGCAAAACAUAAGUUACUGUAAUUCACAAAUGUUUGUGGGGAAAUGGAUAUGGUCGGAAGCCCUCUCAACAUUUAUUGACUCGAGUCAAGUGGCUGUAUCAGCUAAUCCAUCAUUUAGAUCAAACCUUGCUCCAUUUAUAUUUGUGCUACCUGCUAGCUUGCAAAAGUUUUCUAAACUUUUCAUUCGAUGUGGUGUUCCAGUUAGCAUUACAUCAAAGCAGAUUGUAUCAGUUCUUUAUUUAGUAAGAGACCAGACAUGUCAUAAGCUCAGUGCUGAUGAUGCCUGGUUAAUAGUCAAAUCUAUAUUAGAUUGGGUAGUUGAAGACAUCAAUAGAAUGGAUGAAGAUGAUAUUUUAGUUCCAGUAAAGAGUGGCUUUGAUUAUCCUAAGCUUUUACCUAUUGAAGAAGUGUUUUAUACUGAUGAUGAAAUUUUUUGUGAUAUUGCUAAUGAUUUAGAUGAAGAUUAUAGUUUAAUACAUGACAAGGUAUCUCAUUUGUCUUCUAAAUUAGGACUAACUCCACUUAGUGAUCAUCUUGGUAUCACUGAGGACGUAUUUGAUGAUGCUGGUCAACAUGAACCAUUGACAACACGGCUUGGUAACAUCUUGAGAGAAUACAAAGAUGGCCUCACAAUUAUAAAGGAGAUGAUUCAAAAUGCCGAUGAUGCUGGGGCAACUGAAGUCAAUAUAAUGUAUGACAAGCGCACACAUUCAGCAAAAAAGUUAAUCAUUAAAGGAAUAGGAGAUAGUCAUGGUCCAGCUCUGAUAGUACAUAACAACAGUACUUUUACUGAAGAAGACUUUGAAAACAUCACUAAACUAGCAGCUGCCACUAAAGCUAACCAGCCACUGAAAAUUGGUAAAUUUGGCGUUGGCUUUUGCUCAGUGUAUCACAUCACUGAUGUACCUUCAUUUAUUAGUGGAAAGUGGUUGUAUAUAUUUGAUCCAACCCUAAAGUACCUUAAAGGUGUAGUACAUAAUCAGAGUAGCCCUGGUAAAAAAAUAGAAUAUCGUUCAAAGUUUUUAGCUCAUUCUGAUCAAUUAGCUCCUUAUCAAGAUUUGUUUGGGUUUCGUUCUUCCAUCAAAUACAAUGGUACAAUUUUCAGAUUACCAUUUAGAACGAAUCCUAGCCAAAUAAGCUCAACACUUUAUGAUGAUGAGCUGGUGCAGCAAAUUAAGGAUGAUUUAGAAGAUAAUGCAUCUAAAUUACUACUAUUUCUUCAAAAUGUUAAGUCCAUUACAUUUAGUACAGUACAAGACAAUGGUGAUCGUUUACAUGAAAUUUCCAUUAAGUGCAAUGCAAUUGAAAGCUAUGGGAUUGAAAAAAAAGUCAUUACUGUAACUUCACUCAAUUAUGAAGAAGAAAUAGAACACUGGCUAGUAUCUACUGUAACAGAAAAUUUGGAAGGAUACAACGAUUUGGCAGUAGCUUCAGUAGCAUGUGGACUCCGUAAGAGUGAUAACAUUUAUCAUUGCCAGAGCAUUGAAGGCAAUGUCUUUUGUUUUCUUCCACUUGCUGUCUCCAGUACUGGUCUACCAGUGCAUGUUAGUGCUAACUUUGCUGUUAUGAGCAACAGGAGUGGCAUAUUGACUUCUGAGUCAGUUAAAGAGUCUUCCUAUUCAAAAGAACAUUGGAACAAACAAUUGAUGACAACUGUUAUACCUAAUGCUUACUGCCUCUUGUUGACAAAGUUAUUGGAAAUGCACUUUUCAGAUGAGCUCGCAUUAUAUGAUUUUUUUGCUUUGUGGCCACUGGCUGCAUCCCUAAAAACGAAAAAUCCAUGGGAGAGUUUGUUACCAGUUCUGUUCCAUUUAAUAUCUCAGGAGACUCUCUUCUAUUCCUCUUGUACUCAAAAAUGGUUAACUCUUUCUCAAUCUCAAUUUUUUCCUUCAUCAUUAUUUCAAGUGUCUGGGACUAAAGAAAAUGACUUACAUAUUUUUCACGAAUUUGCUUCUAUGCUAAAGCUGCCUGUUGUAGCUCUGCCUAAGCUUCAUUUAGAGCAGCUACAAAAUAUGAUAGAAGUCAAUGCAAUAGAUCUUAUCACUGAAAAAAAGUUUCUUGAAAUAUUUUUAAACAGUGAAUUGUUUGGCAAGCAGGAUCUUAGUACAAGUAAUGUGAAUACUCGUAAUAGUAUUCUUUUUAUUAUACUGUCUGCCCUUGGUACUGGAAAGUAUGAUUGGUUAAAGCAUCGUCUAAAAGACUUUCAAUGCAUCCCUGUUUCUCCUGAUGGGCUGCAGCUCAAAAAAGCUUGUAAGCUUGUUGAUCCUUCAUUAUUUUGUGACAUGUUUGAUCCUGAAAAUGAAAUGUUCCCACUGAAUAGUUUUUACGAAGAUCAUUUAGUGGAUGCAGCACUUUCAAUGCUUGGCUUAAUGAAAAGAGAACUCUCUUGGGAUGCUAUUAUUAUCAGUGCACAGACAAUCAAGGAGCUUUAUGAUAGGAGUAAAGAAAAAGCACUUCUCAGAGUUAAAAGCAUAAUUAAGUUUUUGAAUGCAACUAAUUGUCCUGUAGAGUUCAGAGAUAUUCCUUUUCUACCAGUUCUAGAAAAGCCAGAAACAUAUAUACUGCCUUGGAAAGGAGAUGGCUGUACAGUCUUAUCUGCUUCAGAAGUUAUGGUAAUGACAAGUGAGGAUAAUAUGCAGAAGGCUAGUUUUAUUGCCGGUUCUCAGAAACCUAUUGUUAAUAUUCAAUGUGUUGGUAAAAGUGGGUGUGAUUUGAUACCUCCUAAUAGCUUAAAGUUGCUACAUAUUUCUACUUGGCCUUCACUAAAUGAUGUACUAAACCAUUUUAGAUCCUUAAUUGGCUUGAUGUCUGAAGAAAGCUCUCAGAAAUUCUUUGAAAUGGAAGACGUGUUAUCCCAUAUAGAAAGAACUUGUCAAUUGGUAUAUGAAUUUUUUGAAAAUGAACUGAUGAAUCCAUCACACAUUAUUGCAGAAGAUAUUGACAUGCCACCAACUCCAGCAGAAAUAUUACAUUCCUAUCAAGAUAAACCAUUUAUAUGGACGGGUAGUGAGUUUAUUAUUCCAAAUAAUGUUGCACAAAGUUGGAAAACAAAUGGUCCUUAUCUUUACAAGCUUCCUGUCAUAAUAUCAGAGAAAAAAAGGUUGCAAAAUGCACUUGCUAUUCAUAGCAAUUUUGAUAUCAAUAAACUCCUAGAUACAUUAGGUCAAAUGUAUACUCAAUUCGGACAGGAACCAUUGCCAUCUGAUUAUCAUGAGUUUGUAGAUAAUCUAAUUUUAGAACUGAAUGGAGCACAAAAAGAAGAUUUUGAUAAGAGAAAGGAGACAAUUCUUGUCGAUGUUCAUUAUGUCUUGCGUCCAAGUACUAAUCUUUAUUACAAUGAUGUACUUUGGCUCUCUGAAGUAGAUGAUUACUGUUACCCAAUUCAUGAAAAAUUAACAAAUGAAAUGGCAAAAUUUUUUGGUGUAGUGCCUGUGCGUAGUAAUUACUUAAACCAAUUUGUUGAUGAUUCAGCUUUUGCAGGGUCUGACUUUGGUCAGACAGAAAAACUAACUGAUAGACUUAAAACCAUUCUUCGAGAUUAUCCACUUGGUAUUACUUUUUUAAAAGAACUACUACAGAAUGCUGAUGAUGCGAAGGCUACUCAAAUGAGAAUAAUUCUAGACAAAAGGCAACAUGAGAAGGAAAGAGUACCGUCAGAAAAAUGGGGAGAUGAUUUACAAGGUCCUGCUCUUCUGGUAUGGAAUGAUAAAAAUUUUAGUGAUAAAGAUUUGGAAGGCAUUCAGAAGCUGGGUUUUGGUUCUAAACGUGAUGAUGAGGAAACUAUUGGUCAGUUUGGUAUAGGUUUUAAUGUGGUAUAUCAUAUAACUGAUUGUCCGAGUUUUAUAACAAGAGGAGAAAAGCUUUGUGUGUUUGAUCCUCAUUGUAGAUAUGUAUCUGGAGCUGAUGUAAGUAGACCUGGCAGACAAUACAGUACUAAUGAUAAGUUUUGGAAAGAUAUGUCUGACUUACGCUCAUGCUUUCUACAAGAUGGCGUUCUAAAUGAGCUACCUGGUUUAGACAAAGGUGUACUGUUUAGAUUACCACUUCGUUGUACAGACGAGCAGGUAAAGGAAUCAGAGUUAAUUGAUGAUAAAGAAAAAACUAAACCAUUGACUGCUGACAAGAUGGAGUCAUAUUUAAGUGAAUGGGUUGCUACAAUUAAGCACUCUCUUCUUUUUCUGAAUAAUGUUGUUAAUUUUGAAUAUUUUAUCAUUAAUGGCUCUAAUUCAGUCAGUUGUCAGCAAAGUUUUGCUAUUCAUUUAUCUGAUGACAGCCAUCACAAACGAGCUAGUUUUAAAAACAGUUUGUCUAGUUUCAGAGACUCUCAGCAGCCAGAUCUUGUCUUGUAUCAAUUGAUACUGAAAACAGUCCAUUCAGACCGUCCCGAAGCUUCAACAAAAGAAAAGUGGUUAAUACAGCAAGGAGUUGGAGACAUACAAAACCCUUCACAACAAUGGAAUUAUUUUAAAAAGAUACCCAGACAUGGGAUUGCUGCUACAUUAGAAAGAUGUAAUGAUUUUAAGGGACAAGUAUUCUGUUUCCUUCCACUUCCAGGGUACACAAAUCUUCCUGUUCAUAUAAAUGGAGAGUUUAUUCUAAGCAGUGACAGGCAUUCACUUUGGAUAAGUGAAGUAUCAGAAAAACCAGAUGAUAACACAAAAUGGAACAAUAAUUUAUUAGACUCAAUUUCUUCAUCAUAUGCUGAGUUUUUAGAACAAGUAAAGCCCUAUUACUGUAUAACUAAAGGUUAUGAAAAUAUGAAGAGUUGCCUUAAUGCUGUAAAAUCAUAUUACAGCUUGUUUCCUUUUUGGAUAUCAGUAAAUGGCUGGAAACAAAUUGGGCAUAAGGUUUUAAAAUUACUUUGGUUUCAUAAUGCCAAAAUAUUAACAUCAACAAAAGAAGAGAAUCAAUUUUUUUUGAUUGAUUGGCAUGUUCUACAUAAUGACACAGAACCAUUUAAACAAGCUUAUUUUGUGUCAUCUUUUACAAGAAAUUAUCAUGAAAUUUGCAAAAUACUAUUAAAGCUUGGUAUGGUUUUGACAUCUGCACCAUAUCUACUUUGCAAGCACUUUAAAGAAAUUUUAAAGUGCACAGAUAAAGAACCUGCUAUUGUUACUGAACAAAUUUUAAAGUGCACAGAUAAAGAACCUGCUAUUGUUACUGAACAAUCAAUUUUUCACUUUUUUAAAAGCUUUCACUCUCAAAUUAUUACAAAAUGUCCUUGCUCAAUUCAAGAUACUCCCUUUGAAUCAGUGAAAAAAUUUUCUGCUUUUUUCGAAUAUCUACUGCUUAAGUCUGAUGAAGGUGAUAAAAUUGAAUACAAAUUUCCUGCCUCUCCUGUCAAUAUUCCACUUCUUUUAACUGCUGAUGGUCAACUACAGGUAUUUGAAAAAUUUCCAAAAACAUUAUUCAGCAAAUUUGCUUGGCUUUUCCCAAAUAGUCGUUCCCAAUUUUUACACGAAUCUUGUAUCACUUGUUGUCCAAAACUAACUCGUUCGUAUUUUUUGUCUUCCAAGGAUGUUACCUUUGAUUUUGUUGAUAAUUUAAUGAGGGAAAAUAUUCCUAUAGAACUUUUAAGUCUUCAAGUUGAUAUUUCAGAUUCAUUUGUCAUUGGCCUUGCUACAUUAUGGCUGGAUGAGAUAAUGCUUACACAAGAAGAACUUAUAAGUUUGUGGCAAUGUCUUAGCACUGAUGAUUGUUUUAAACAUCACCAAGGUAAUAUUGUCAAACAAUGGGCUUUAAUACCUUCAACAUCUGGCUUUCUUUUCAAUUCAUCUUCUCCAAUACGUCCCAUUAUAAACCCAGCUACUGAAGACAUAAAAUCACACGAUGUAAAGUUUUGUCACAUGCUGCGCUCAUUUGAUGUUCCGUUUUUUGAUACAGAGAUAGAAUUACCUUCAGUUGUUAAAGAAUACUGCUUUCAACUAGCAGAUGCUGACAAAGUCCUUGGUAUGUUGUAUCAUAUUCAUAAACAGAAAAAUAUUUUUAGUUGUCUUGAAAGCUCAUGUCCUACUUUUCAGGUGUUAGUAAAAUAUUUGGGAAAAGUUAAUUUUAGAAAUAAUUCUCAAAGUUUAAGGUUCGUGAAAUCCUUGCCAGUUUUUGAGUCUAUAAAAGGUGAUCUUAAUUGUAUUUAUGGGAAAGAUGUGUAUAUCAUAUCACAUAAUUAUAAGGGUGUAUGUCAGGCGGGAUAUAGUAAAUGGGCAACAGAUGAAAAUAUCAUUUUUCUUAAUCCAUCAGGAGCAUGGGAUAAUUUCUGUGAUGUAAGAGUAUUUGGAAUUGAAAGUGUUUCUCAACAAGAUGUUUUCAUUCGCUUUGUUUUUUCUAAAUUUAGUAUUUUAACAUCACAAGAAAGGCUAGAGCAGUUGACUCACAUAAGAGACCGUAGAUUUAUUAGUGAAAGAGACUGUAUUGAACCUUCUCCCUUUUACUUAGCGUUAUAUGAAUUACCGUGCCUUGAAGGAAAAGAUGGUAAACUUCAACCACUCUCUUAUUUUAAGGAUCACACCAUUCCUCUCUUCAAAGAAUUCAGAGAAUGCUUUUCAUUUGUUCCCAUUAACUAUCAAAGUAAACGGUGGUUAGAUUUUUUUCGAAUACUGUGCUUAAAAACUACACUGAAUAAGAAGGAGUUUAAAACUUGCUGUCAGUCAUUGUCUAGCAAAGAUGCUUUAAAAUGGCCAAUCAUCUCGAAGAUGCUAGUUGAUUAUUUAUUUUCCAAAUCAGCAAAAAAAUGGCAUAAAGACUCAAGCUUUUUGGCAGAAAUUGGCCGUAUUUGUUUUAUAAAAGCUGAAUCUGUUGACAAUUUGCAAUGGAUUAUGCCAUCCGAAUUUACAAGUUUAACUUCCCUAAAUCAAACAGUAUUGCAUAGUUAUGCUGAAUUAGUAUGGACAGUAAAGCCAGUUGUGAAGUUGCCUACAGAAUUCAUGGAAUCAUACGAAUAUAAACAGUGUCUUAUGGAGGCAUCGAUAUGCCCUGAAGAAAAUGAAUCGUAUUGUGAUAUGACCCUUAAAAAAAUUGGUGUUACUAUUAAACCAGAAUUAGAAGAUGUGUCUAAAAACUUGGUGCAUAUUUCAAAAGCACGUUUAUCUGACCCUAGUCUUUUUGGUAACUAUGAUAUUGAUAUUACACAUGAUCAAUGCAGUUUAUUACAGACUGUGAUUGUCAAGAAUUUUUGGUACCUUAUUGAAAACAAAGCAAAUCAAGGAUUAAAUGAAUUGUUCACCAUACCUUGCAUUCCAGUGUCAGCUGACAAUUCAAAAAAUAAUGUUGUUUCUCAGCCAGUUCUUGUGAAGCCAGUGCAAGUGGUAAGGCAUAUAUCAAGUGCUCAGGACUCAGAGAAUCUUUUUCCUUAUAUUAUUUCUUUACCUCCUUUUAUGGAAGAAUUUGGUAUUAACUUGCCUCUUAUUGGUAUAUCUGAGACUAUCUCACUAAAGGCACUACAGCACCUUUUGGAGCAGUUAAAAGGCAGACAUUUGAACUCAGAUGAGUCUAUAAAAGUUAGAGAGGCAUUGUUAAUACUUUAUGAACUCUGUAAGGAGGAUUCUAGAGAUGAAGAUGUUAUUGCCAAGGAACUUUCACCUUUAUAUUUGCCUAAUGAUGAAGGCCAUAUGAAACUAUCGACAGAGUUGUUAUUUAUAGAUUUAAAACGCUAUGCCAAAAGCCGCUUAGAUUUAGCAAAAUCUUCUUACUCUUUGUUUCAGUUGCCUACAGUGGUGCUACCAAGCUCUCAAAAAAAUAGCAUACCUGAAAAGAAAAUUUGCCUUACACUACCAGAAGAAGUUAGACCACAUGGUUUAUCACUUGUAUGCAAGGAAGAGUUAGUCUCUACAUCAAAUCUAAUGAUAGAAUGCUCACACCUUACUGAUUAUUUUCAAAAUUUGAAAUCUCUUGUUCCAUCCUUGCAAUUAGUUCUUCCAAAAGUAAUAUCAGCUCAUUUAAAAACGUUUGGCAGUUCGACAGUAAAAGAUACCGAAAUCAACGAAGUUGUUUCAACAUUGAGCAAUAAAUAUAUUACUGAAACAAAAGUAGUUGUCAAAGAAGACCUCAGAUGUCACAUAAAGUUGGCUGAUGAAAUGUUGAUUGGUACCAUCAAUGUGCCAUUUUUAAUUCAUGAUUCUAGUACUCUAUAUGUAGACAGUAAAGCUAAGCCUAGCAGUAUAUCAUUUUGUAAAGAUAUGGCUUCUAUUAUAUGUGUAGAAAUAGCUCAAUCACAUGAUGAAAAACCAACGAAGUAUUUGAGAUUUUUAUACCCAAUUGCUGAUUGCCUUACAGCACAGUCAAAAGAAGACUUUUGUGAUGUUUUAGAGAGAUAUGAAGUUGAUGAUGAUAUGGACAUGAGUUUUGACCCAGAAAAGGACACUAUUAAUGCUCAUGGUCAAGGUGCUGAUGAAUCUACGAAAGCUAUUAUUGAUCCCUCAGAAGCAGUUAGGUGGUUGAAACAAGCAAAGAGUGAUCUUAUAGCUAUGAGUAUUUUAUGUGAACAUGUAACAGACAAAUCAGUAUACUGUCAAGUUUUGCUUCUUGCUCAUGAAACAUGUGAGAAAAGUCUUAAGGCAGGAAUGUAUAAACUAGGUUUGACUCCUGACCUUACUAGUCAUGGCCUUUGCUAUCUUGCAGAAGAAAUAGCUUCAUCAGACAAAUUAAUUUUUGAUGAACUAAGAGAACUACCCCAGCUAGUAAGUUCAAUGGAGAAAUAUUAUCUUAAUUCAAGAUUUCCUAACCGACACUUGCUUCCACGUGCACCUGUUGAUGUAUAUUCUUCUGCUGAUGCUAUUGGAGUGGCUAAAAAUGCCAAGAAAGUUUAUGAUCUAGUGGCAAUGCUUUUUGAGCCAAGCGAAGUGCCUGAAUCAAUGUGUAAUGUUAUGUAAAAUUUAUAUUGAUUAGAUAUUGUCAAAUUAUUUUGUUGUUGUGAUUAUUAUUAUUGUU